AUGUCAACCCCCGCGGACGCGACGGCACCGUCUGCCGGUUCAGACAACAAUGCGACGCCGCUCGCCGAACUCGAUGUUUCCAAGCUCCAUGCCCUGCCCUCCGAACAGCAGGAUCUUUACCUGCUGACGUUUACGUCCGAUCUGGUCCAGCGUGUGUCCAGCCUGACUAAAGCGGAGAUUUCGUCUCAGCAAGCGUUCCUGAAACAGGAGUUGUUCAAGAUCCUCAACCUGAGUUCCCCCACGAUCACUCGAGUGAUCCGCAGCAAUUUGGGGAAAUGUUUUGGCGCAAUACUGGCAAAGGGGGAUCGCGUGCUACUCUUCGACACGGUCAACGAGCUGCUAGCCAUUGUCAAUGCUGGCAAGAGCACGGAACUGAAGACGAAAUUCGCCGCAGCGCACUGUUUGGGAGAGGUUUUUGGGCAUGCUGGAGAAAGCGCAGCGAGCCAGGCGGGUGCUACCGUGUCAGCCCUGUUGAAAUUAUUGAAAGCUGCAAGUAAUCAUGCCGGCCUUCGAGGCUCGAUUUUCUCGGCGCUGCGCAAGGUCGUUACCGGAAUCGGGCAGCCUAUCGACGAGUCGACGGCGCGCGAUAUAUGGAAACAAGCUCGGAAUGCCGCUCCCAGUGACAAGUCGACCCUCGUCCAGAUCAACGCCUGCCGAUGCCUUGAACAGUUGGUGAGGACGACGACUUACUUCGAUAACUUGAAUGAUUUCGAUAAUCUCAAGACGGUCGUCUGGAAGGUUAUUGACAGUCCUGUCGCUCCGGUCAGGCAUGCCGCUGCCUCCUGUUUGGCCAGGGCCCUGGUCAAAGGCUAUAAUCCACAGAUGGGACUCGAGUCGGGUUCGAAAUCCAAGAAGCAGAAGAGGCAAUCGAAGAAGCCGGCACCCAAAGGGGCCAGCGCCGACGAGGGUGAAGUCGAGGAACCACCAGAGUCCCCUGUUACAAAGAAGGCCGAGUCGGGUCUCUCUUUUUCGCUGCCUGACCUCCUCAACCAAUUGUCAACGCAGUAUUUGCGAAGCUCGACUGGUAAUCGCGCCCGGGCAGGUAUUGCCGUGUGCUAUAAGUACAUUAUACGGAACCUUGGUGAGAACGUCGUGGAAGAACGAUACAGCCAGAUCGCGUCUCACCUCCUAUUUCACCUGCUCAACCAUCCAACUGUCACAUACAAUCGUUUUCGCCUCAUCAUGACAAGAAAGUUCAUUAGGAAUAUCCUCGAAGAUACAGUGGGCCGCGAAUCGCUUCGAGAGAACAGCCAGUUGAAUGCUGCUAAAUGGUUGAUCAACGAUGUUCUCAAAGACUACCCUCAAGUGAUCCAGCAACGUCGUGAGCCGAGCAAACACACUCUGGCUAGCGCCCUAAGUGCCUUGUCGUCACUGAUUGCAUCUCUUGGUUCAGCUGUUGGCGCUCUUGCUGAGGGGUGCCGCGAAGCUCUGCUUCAAGUCCUUCCACAUCCCAGUUAUACUGUGCAGAUUCACACGGCCCAAUGUCUGCGCAAUUUCGUUCUUGCUUGCCCCAAUCAGCUUCUAUCUUGUGUGACUAUCUGCUUGAACAGCCUGAACAGAGAGAUAGGUCAACUAUCCACUCCGCGACAGUCACCGCGACGCUGCCUUGGCUUUGCGAAUGGACUUGCAGCCAUGCUGGGCACGUCCCGUCUUCAGCCGCUUUAUGGGUCGGUCGAUGUCUUUGCGCGCGUCUUGUCACAGGCGACCGAACUUCUCAAAAAUAGCAGUAGCUCUGAACUCCGUGUCGCAAGCACCCAGAUCCAGGUUGCGUGGAUCUUGAUCGGGGGACUGAUGCCACUAGGUCCCAGCUUCGUCAAGAUUCACUUGUCUCAAUUGAUGUUGUUGUGGAAGAACGCACUACCAAAGCCACUCGGCAAGGAAAACAUUGCUCAGCGUGGCACUUUAGAGACGAGCUUUUUAGCGCACGUCCGGGAAUGCGCUCUGAGCUCAAUGCUCGCAUUUCUUGAAUUCAACAGCAAAUUAGUGACAGCAGAUGGUUCCAAGCGGAUUGCUACCAUGCUGCAGAAUACGAUAGAAUUUCUGGACGGCAUUCCGGCGCAGAAAUCACCAGACGACAUCUCUCAGCGACUCUUCCCUUCCUUACAGCUGCAUGAUUUCGUUGUCAUGGUCCGUCGUCGUGUUCUCCAGUGCUUUUCUAAACUUGUUAAGCUCAACCAUCCCGGCCAUACAGAGAUCGUAUCUCAAUCGAGCCUCCUCAGUCUUGCGAUCUCCUCCUUUGCCGACCCUGAGGUUACUCACGCCAGUCCUGUAGAGAGCUCGAUUGCCGCGUCGACGGGGCAAUUUGAAAGUCUGUGGGAUUUGUGGGAUAACUUCGGUUUUGGAAUUACCGGUCUUGCUCGUGAAUAUGUCAACGAAACACUUACCGGGAAACGAGACAAAGGAAACAUGACAUGGUCUGCUGCUGAAUCGACAGACCAGGGGAUUGAUGACAUUUUGAACUUCCCGGUUUGUCAAGCCAGUGAGCAUGACUCGGUUCUUCUUUACUGCGAGAGAGACAGGACUGUGAGCUCGUAUGCCGAUCCACCAGUUACAGAAGUUGUCAAUGCCGCCAUAGAUCUUUUUGCUAUCGCUUUUCCCUUGCAAACACCGAAGGUCCAGGAGAGUAGCGUAGAGCAGAUCGCUACUCUUUUGUCCUCCCCUAGUUUGCAAAGAAAUCCCGGACGCAAAGCUGCUAUGACGGUCAACAUUGCGGUGGCCCUGUUGCAUGCUCUUAAAGUUGCCGUUAAGGAGACCGCCUCUCUGCCAGGAAAUCUGGAUUCUUCGGCAGAAAGGAUAAUACAAGAAUUUCUACAGGCAAUUUCUAGAAAUUCAUCAUUGAUCAUGACCCUGUCGUCCGUACAAUUGGCUUCGAGGCGCUGGAUCAAUUGGAUUGUUGAUACCAUUGUUGAAAAUCGCGAGCCCAACACUCGUGCAGGAUGCGCAGCUGCCCUCGGCUGCAUUCACUCCCAAGUCGGUGGCAUGGCUGCUGGCUUCCAUUUGAAGACCAUCGUGGGAGUCCUGAUGUCCUUAUGCAAUGAUCCUCAUCCUGUUGUACACUUCUGGGCUCUUGAUGGCCUGGAGAGAGUCGCUUCGUCUGCUGGAUUGACUUUUUCAGCCUAUGUGUCCAGUUCGUUGGGAAUGCUCGCCCAGCUCUACAUCGCCGAUACUCAUAACGAAGAAUCAGCAUCAUUAGCGACUUCCAAUAUUGAGAUAAUCUUCCCCACACCCUUCAUGAUCAGCCGUUGUGUGGAUUCCCUUAUCAAUGUUCUUGGUCCAGACUUACAGGACAUUGCGAAGACUCGCAAUCUCGUAUUAACUCUGGUUCGACAGUUCCAGCUGGAAGAACAUCCAGCAAUGGUCACUCAGAGCACUAGGUGCUUGGAUCAUCUAUCUUUAUAUGCACCGUCCCACGUGGACUUUGCAGCUUAUGUCAAGCGUCUGCAGAAUGGACUAUCCUCGAGGAGCCCACUGAUGCGGGAGGCCGCUAUUCGCGGACUGAGCAACCUCAUGAAGCGUGACGCUGAGUUGGUUAUUCAGACUGCGACACCCACCCUGGAGGAUGAGAUAUGGCUUGCUUUUGAUGAUUCUCCAGAAAGCGAGUCUCUGAGGAGCCUGAUCCGAAACUGGUUGCAACAGACCGCCCUCUCCCACACAGAGCUCUGGGUCCAACGGUGCCAAAAAGUUUUGACCAGAACUCGAACCAAGCCAGAAGGUACUAUGCCCAAGAAGCCAGUGCAGGCGGCAGCUGCUCCGGAACUUCCUGAUGAUGAGGUUGCUGGCUUCGCAACGGCAGUCGCCGGCGUGGAACAGGAGGACACGGGGAAUGAUGCCGCAGCUGGACAAGAGCUACUUAAAUGGCAGACUCGCAAUUUUGCCAUGAGUUGCCUCAGUGAGCUGCUAUCCAUAGUGAAUGACAAGAUCUUACCGGACCAGACCAUCCCCGCCGAAGCCGCUCUUCAACACAAAGUGGGGGAGAUUAUCCGGAUGGCGUUCUCUGCUUCUACAGCAAAUGUGGUGGAGUUACGAGUCUGGGGUCUGAAGAUUUUAGAUCAAGUGCUGAAGUUUCGAAUAAAGAUGUUUGGUAAAACACCGGAUCCAGACUUUUCAGAAGCGUCUCUUCUGGAGCAAUAUCAGGCGCAGAUCGGUUCAGCCCUAACUCCAGCAUUUGCGGCUGAUUCCUCACCGGACCUUGCGUCGGAAGCUAUCAACGUCUGCGCGACUUUUGUAGCGGCGGGCAUAGUGACGAAUGUUGACCGAAUGGGAAGAAUAUUUAAACUGCUGGUAGUUGGCCUGGAGAACUUUGCGAAAAAUCCAGAGACCACCGAGAUUGGAGAUCUCAAGGGCCUUAACUCGAAUGCCAGAGUCAUGGUUAAAAUGGCACUGUUUUCCGCUUGGGCACGGUUACAGAUGGCUAGCAUGGAGCAAGAAUAUUUGGUUGCGGUCGUUCAGCCUUACGCAGCCAUGCUUGCGCCGCUGUGGCUCUCUUCUCUCCAGGAGUAUGCACGCUUGCGAUUCGAACCGGAUAUCUCUGGCAGUUUGGGCACACCACAGUCUGGCAACCUCGAUGAAGUCUACGCGGCAUUGAACAGAGAGACGCUACUGAAGUUUUACCAAGACUCGUGGUUAAAUCUCGUCGAUGCAAUUGCAAGUCUCGUCGAGAAGGAUAGUGAACUAGUCUUUGACGCCCUAGACAACAAAUCAAAGCCUACAGGCGCCCCAGAAGCGGAAGGUGAUGAAAGCAGUCUCGUGAAUGGCGAAGACGCCAAUGGCAAGGGCCAUGAUAUCAACUAUCGUGAUGAACCGGUAGCGUUCUUCUUUGUUCUUUUCGGUCUGGCGUUUGAAGCUCUAGUGGACCAGUCAAUUUCACCGGCCCAAAGACUGGAGAUUCUCCAAGCGCUCAAGAGAAUACUGCGGCCAGCAGUCUCUGGCAACGCAGUCUACCAGGAUGCGGUCUUCUCAGAGACCAUGGACACCCUCGAUCGUCUCGUUCUCACUGAGGGAUAUAAUAUCCAGACUGUCAUUGUCGAAAUGGCGAGGAAUCUGUCUCUGAAUCACCCCUCUGCUAAAGCCGGCCAAGAUCGUAGUGAGAACUUAUCUGACGAUAUCGAGCAACUCUUCGAGCUCACGAGAACCAUCAUUCUCGUCUUAGCAGGUCUUCUGCCCAAUCUAAGCGACGCGACCUCCCAUGCACGCUUCAACGUGAGCUCUGAUGAGCCGCUGACACUCAUCCAACUUGCACUAUCAUCUCUUGUCGAUGUUGCAUCCGUAUUCCCCUCGAUCAUUCGCCAUGACCUCCAUGCAUGUAUCUUGCACAUUUUCAGUACUAUUCUCGCCACUGGGAUCUGUCAAGCCGAGGUGGUUCCUCAAGCUCUCCCAAUAUUCCGGAGGUUUAUUCAGGGAAUGAGUUCCCAUAACGCGCCAUCCCCAGAAGCAGUGUCUCUGCAGUUGCGUGGCUGCCUGACUCGCUUCCUGACCACGCUCACCAUCGCGCAGCGACGGGAGUCCGAAACCUCUCUACCUUGUGCCAAAAAUACACUCCUGGCAAUCACUAUUCUCCUUACGACAAGCAGCUACGCCAUUCCGCCUCAGGACCCCGUGUUAACCCGGGUUCUUAACGAGCUCCUUGAUUGCCUACAAGACGUCGGACUCGCCAGUGUGGCUGCAGGGUGUAUCCGCUCCAUAUUGCUAACUUCGACCCCGAAAUCACCCACGGACGAAGUCAUUGCACGGUACCUCCUGCCCAGACUCAUCGCAUUCCUGACAGGAAUUCCGGACAACAAAGGCGAGGCUCCCAUCGACCCGGAGAACGUGCGAACGUCGAUCGCGCAUACCCUUGUGUCCUUCAUCGGCACCCCUGCAGCGGUCCCACGAAACAGACUCCCUACUGCUAUGCCCCUGGUUGUUUCGGCUCUUCUCGCCCGUGCGAAACGUGAGGGACCGUCCGUGUACAAGGAGACCGCCUCUCGACUAUUGGAAGUCGCCACGAUCGACCAAGCUUUGUUCCGUUCGAUGGUGGCAACAAGCAUGACUCCCGAACAGAAGUCCCUGAUGGAAGAAAUCCUCCGAAGCACGGAAACAAACACCAACGCCGGCAAGGCCGCUGGAAGGGACUCGAUGUCUUCCGGUGUCAAUGGGCAGCAAGCUGCACCGACUAUCGCGUUACGAACGGAUUUUUAA